AUGGUUGGUUGGCUAUUCUUUGCCACAGAGGAGUAUUCAGGAAGCAUCAUCUACGUUGAACUCAAAUGUCUUUACACAUCCAAAUCAAUAAUCAAAAGUGGGAAUACAUUAACACUGAAAAGUUCUACUGCUAUAAGAGUUCAAACUCAUCGUCAUUGCUUUACAUCAAGUGUUUUACACAUUUUUAUUCUAUCGUCGCAAGCUCUUGAUUAUGUCAGUAUUUAA